AUGGUCUCUCUGCGGAUGUCCCGGGUCCUGUCGGUGAUCCUGGCGCUCUUUGGCCUUCCCCAGGCACAGCCUGCCGGUGUCUUCGAACUACAGAUCCACUCCUUCGGACCGGGACCAGGCCCAGGGACCCCGCGAUCCCCCUGCAGCGCCCGGGGCUCCUGCCGCCUCUUUUUCAGGGUCUGCCUGAAGCCAGGGGUCUCCGACGAGGCCGCCGAGGCCCCCUGCGCCCUGGGCGCGGCGCUCAGCGCUCGCGGACCCGUCUACACUGAGCAGCCUGGAGCGCCCGCCACUGACGUGCCGCUGCCCGAGGGCCUCUUUCGCGUGCCCUUCCGAGAGGCCUGGCCGGGCACCUUCUCCCUCAUCAUCGAAACCUGGCGAGAGGAGCUGGGGCAGCAGGUUGGAGGGCCCGCCUGGAGCCUGCUGGCGCGCGUGGCCGGCCGGCGGCGCCUGGCGGCUGGAGGCCCUUGGGCCCGGGACGUGCAGCGCGCSGGCGCCUGGGAGCUGCGCUUCUCCUACCGCGCGCGCUGCGAGCCGCCSGCCGUCGGGGCCGCGUGCACGCGCCAGUGUCGCUCGCGCAGCGCCCCCUCGCGGUGCGGCCCGGGACUGCGCCCCUGCGAGCCGAUCGAGGACGAAUGCGAAGCCCCGACAUGUCGGGCAGGCUGCAGCCCAGAGCAUGGCUUCUGUGAGCGGCCAGAUGAAUGCCGAUGCCUGGAGGGCUGGACUGGGCCCCUCUGCACCGUCCCUGUCUCGACCAGCAGCUGCCUCAGCCCUAGGGGCCCAUCGUCUGCYACCGCUGGAUGCCUUGCGACUGGGCCUGGGCCCUGUGACGGGAACCCGUGUGCCAACGGGGGAAGCUGUAGCGAGACACCCGGGUCCUUCGAGUGUGCCUGCCCCCGCGGGUUCUACGGCUUGCGGUGCGAGGUGAGCGGGGUGACCUGUGCGGAUGGACCCUGCUUCAAUGGUGGCUUGUGUGUUGGGGGUGCAGACCCCGAUUCUGCCUAUGUCUGCCACUGCCCACCUGGUUUCCAAGGUUCCAACUGUGAGAAGAGGGUGGACCGGUGCAGCCUGCAGCCGUGCCAGAAUGGCGGGCUCUGUCUGGACCUGGGACACUCCCUGCGCUGCCGCUGCCGCGCCGGCUUCGCGGGUCCGCGCUGCGAGCACGACCUGGACGACUGCGCGGGCCGCGCCUGCGCCAACGGCGGCACGUGUGUGGAGGGCGGCGGCGCGCGCCGCUGCUCCUGCGCGCUGGGCUUUGGUGGCCGCGACUGCCGCGAGCGCGCGGACCCCUGCGCCGCGCGCCCCUGCGCUCACGGCGGUCGCUGCUACGCCCACUUCUCCGGCCUCGUCUGCGCCUGCGCGCCGGGCUACAUGGGCGCGCGCUGCGAGUUCCCGGUUCACCCCGACGGCGCGGACGAGGGGGUAGCGGCCCGACCCAGCCUGAGGCAAUCGGACCCGCAGCGCUUCCUUCUGCCGCCAGCUUUGGGACUGCUGGUGGCCGCGGGCUUGGCUGGCGCUGCACUCUUACUGAUCCACGUGCGCCGCCGUGGCCCUGGUCGGGAUACUGGGUCUCGCUUGCUGGCGGGAUCCCCGGAGCCAUCGGUCCACGCGCUACCCGAUGCACUCAACAACCUGAGGACGGCGGAGGGCUCGGGGGACGGCCCCAGUUCGUCAGUAGAUUGGAAUCACCCCGAAGAUGGAGACUCUCGAUCAAUUUAUGUCAUAUCUGCUCCUUCGAUCUAUGCUCGGGAGGUAGCUACGCCCUUUGUCCCCACUGUCCACACGCUGGGAAAGGCAGCCCUGAUUUUUCUCUAG